AAACUUGCUGAGAAUUAUCAUGUACUAAAUAUUUUCACUGCAUAUAAAAACCCCGAUCGAUGGCAAGUCCUGCAAAGAAACCGAAAACCUCGGCACUACCAGUGUGCCCAUAUGGAGCACGAUGUUACAGAAAAAAUCCCGAGCAUUUUAAAGAAUUUACACAUCCCUCGAAGAAGACUGACGCUUCUGCAAGUGACAACGGCAUGAACAGCGAUACCAAGGCCAGUGUCAAUGACAGCAACCUUCCACCCUGUAAAUAUGGUGCUAGUUGUUACAGGAAGAAUCUUCUUCACUUUGCUGAGUAUUCUCAUCCCACUGUGAUAAAAGGCAAGGACAGUGGGAGUGACACGGAUCCUAUAGAAUCAGAUGAAGAGGAUAAGAAAAAGUCAAAAGUCAAGUCUGCAGACAUCUUGAAAAGAGGCAUGUCUCUGGUUAAGAAGUACUCACAGAUGACAGAAGAUGAAAGAAAGGAGCUGAUCAAACAAGCGUUUGAAGCCAAGCAGAAACUACAGGAAGAAUUAAAGGAAACAAAAGACAAAGUUAAAGAGAAGGAAAAGGAAUUGGAGAAAAUGCAGCAAAAGGUGUCCUCUGGCCUGUUAUUUGUGGAAGGGGAGAAGGCUGCUUUAGAGGGGACAGACACCGUGUACUUUUCACUUAUGGCUGAGAGAAACCAUAAGGAGGGAUCGGCUGAGCAGACUCAUUUCAGACUCGCCGAGUCACAGUUUUACCGCCUCCUAAGUGGCACGGACAAUAGUUAUACCAUUAAAAAAGUGGAGUAUGUUGUUAAUCCAGAGCUGAGGACCAAAUUUAAACAUGCAAAAGAUGAGCUGAAGAAACAGAGAGGGGAGGAUCUAUCCUAUCCUGUGUUAGCAUUUCAUGGAACAAAAGUAGAAAAUAUCACCAAAAUCUGUGAAACAGGAUUUAGGGUUCCUGGUGAUAAAGGUUUCAAACACAGAACAGACACAGGCUGGUACGGGAAGGGGGUUUACUUCAGUGAGUACCCGGACUACUGUAUGGGGUACAUCCAGGGGGCAGAGAAGCUCCUCCUCUGUCAAGUUCUCCCGGGGAAAGUGUUUCACUGCAGUAAGCUGAUCCACGGGGCGGCGCUGACCAAGGGACACGACUCUCACACUUCACCCGAUAAAAAAGAACUGGUCAUCUUUAACCCUUAUCAUAUUCUGCCCUGCUAUAUCGUUCAUUAUAAGAUGGCAUCUGGGGAGUUUGUAUAUGGUAAAACUGGUACUGGGAGUAAGGCUACUUCAGCAAAGAAAUCAGGAGAUGAUGACGAUGAUGAUGAUGAUGAUGAUGAUGAAAGUGUGCAUGAAAAAUGUAUGAAAGCUCAAACAGCCAAAAAGUCAAAAGUAUUGAAGGACCAGAAAAUUUUGUUCACUGGAGCCUUUUGUUUGACCCAGAAAGAAAUCACAGAGCUUGUUGUGAAGCAUGGAGCCACAACAGGGACACUGGGUAAUUUCAAUCUCUGUGUUGCAUCGUUGGGAUCCGUGGAGGGUACUACCAACAAAUUCAUGAAGGCAAUGGACAAAAAUAUUCCGAUAGUUUCGGAGGAAUUCUUGUAUGACUCAAUCAUCAAAAAGAAAUUAAUGGAUCCUGAGGAUUAUUAUCCUGAACAGUAGCAACAUUUAUAAACCGUUUCUCCUUAAAUUUAUCCUGCCAGAUUAUAUGGAGCUUUGAUUCAUACGUCUCUGUAUUUUGGACAAAGUUACAUGUGUGUGUACAAUAA